AUGGAGAGAAUCAAUGGCCUUGCCUCGCUUCUGGACGAGAGGCCUGCCAUCCGAAUAAUCCUGGACCGUCACAUGGCCUUCUCCACGGAUCCAUCCGACAGUCUGGACACAUGCCAGUUGAGUACAGUCAUCCGUCGCCUUCGCCGUCGCGCCCGGUCCCGUUCCGCUCCCUUGGUUCCCAAGCUCUCUGGCCAUGCAUCUGUCUUGGCCUUUUCGAGUCCAGUCUUGUCUACGCGUCUUUACGCUCAGAACAUGAGCGUGCGUUCGCUUGGUGGUGUUUUAGACGGUCCUUGCCGGAUCGACCCCCUCCCAAGACAAGACUUCCCUGCUUACCCAGCUAUGCUUUUUCCGCUUGUCCUGAAAUGUCUCUGGCGCCUUCAAUAUCUCGCCCUAAUCAAACUAGGCUUGGCUAUCCGCACCAUCCCUACGGAACCUAACAUCUCCAGUCGAAACAACCCAAACCCAGCCCAUCCCAAGCAUGGACUCUCGCGCUUGCAGUCACCAUGGGAGGGGGCUUCUGCAUCGCCGGCUAACUGCCUUCGACCGGCCCUAGCUCGCGCCAUGUGUUCGACUAACAACGGUCUCGAAGCAGACGACAGCUGCCCUGCUCGUCCUGUGUUGUGUCGCCCUCCGACCAUCAGACAGUUCAGACCUUGA